AAAUGCUAAUCAAGUCCCUUUCUUCGGGAUUUGUCGUGACGUCACUUCCUGAGGAGCGCUUGCCUCCUACUUUUUGUUGGGACCUGGGAGAGAAAAUUAUCCCGCAGAGGCACCGAGGCGGAAUAAAACAAGGAAAAGGAAGAAAAGAAAACAAGAAGUCACAAAGUGCGGAAAUGUCCGAGGCUUCUGUUUAGCCGACUACGAUGCAGGCGGGCGUCCUUUCACCGUGAAUUCCCGCGAGGAGGUUUUUGUGCGUACAGGUGCCCUUCCUCUCCCCUCAUCAUGUUAAGUUUCCUGCGCAGGACGCUGGGGCGACGCUCCAUCCGGAAACAUGCAGAGAAAACCCGGCUACGAGAAGCCCAGCGGGCCACAACGCACAUCCCUGCUGCUGGGGAUGCAACGUCUAUCAUCACCUGCCGUGUGUCUCUGCUGGAUGGGACAGACGUCAGUGUUGACUUACCGAAAAAAGCCAAAGGCGAGGAGCUGUUUGAGCAGAUCAUGUACCAUCUGGACAUUGUUGAGAAAGACUACUUUGGAAUACGCUUCAUGGACUCGGCACAAGUUCCACAUUGGCUUGAUGUCACAAAAAGUAUCAAGAAACAAGUGAAAAUUGGCCCUCCUUACUGCCUUCACAUGAGAGUCAAGUUCUACUCCUCAGAGCCGAACAACCUGCACGAGGAGCUCACCAGAUAUCUUUUUGUGUUGCAGCUGAAACAAGACCUCCUCAGUGGCAAGCUCGAAUGUCCGUUUGACACAGCGGUGGAGUUGGCUGCCUUCUCACUACAGGCUGAGUUGGGCGACUGUGAUCCAUUAGAACACAAUUUGGAUCUCGUGUCAGAAUUUCGCUUCAUGCCUGAGCAGACAGAGGAGAUGGAGCUGGCUAUAUAUAACGCAUGGAAGGAGUGCAGAGGUCAGACACCAGCCCAGGCUGAGAUCAACUACCUGAAUAAAGCCAAGUGGCUCGAAAUGUACGGGGUGGACAUGCAUAUGGUGAAGGCUCGAGAUGGUAACGAGUACAGCCUGGGCCUGACACCCACUGGAGUUCUGGUGUUUGAAGGACAAACUAAGAUCGGCCUUUUCUUCUGGCCCAAGAUCACUCGUCUGGAUUUCAAGAAGAGCAAACUGACGCUUGUGGUCGUGGAGGAUGAUGAUCAGGGUAAAGAGCAGGAGCACACCUUUGUCUUCAGGAUGGACCACCCCAAGGCCUGUAAGCAUCUCUGGAAGUGUGCUGUGGAGCAUCACGCUUUCUUUAGGCUGAGAGGACCUGUGCAGAAGAACUCUGCACGCUCUGGAUUCAUACGCAUGGGCUCACGCUUCAGAUACAGCGGCAAGACUGAAUACCAGACAACAAAGGCCAGCAAAGCAAGGCGCUCAGCAUCGUUUGAGCGGAGACCAAGCAGACGCUACUCGAGAAGAACCAUGCACAACAGAGGACCGUUCAACCCACCAGAGGCUCUUUCCUCAGGCAAUGGAGUCACUUCCAGAAAAGACAACAAGGUGACCCCCAGCAGAAGUGCAUGGUCAGCCAUGCCUGUGGUCAGCCCGGUUGCUGCUUCUGCCCAUGGACCAAUGGAGAUCGAGGCUCUGCCCAGGAGUCCUGGGGGAGAAAAAAGAAGUUUGCCAGUGGUUGCUGACCUAAUGGAGACAUGCAUCGAUGAUGUCCUCAGAGCUCCUGUUGUCCCUGCUGUCACAGCUAUCGAGGAGCCCGGACAAGCCGCUGCCUAUGCCGGUGCUAGCGUGGCUGCAGAAGAUGCGCUGAGUCUCGCUGAAGCAGCAGCUCGUCUGAAGCAGCUGGAGUUGGAGAGCAGUCCGCUUCUCGCUGCUCCGAGAAAUAACAUCAACGUCAACGUGGCCAUGAACAACCAGGACGAUGUGGUGAAGCUCACGGAGAAGUGCGGGCUGAACAGUGCGGGCAGCAGUCCAUGCGUGACUCCGCUGCGCACCCCGGAGGAUCUGAAGAGUAACAUCCUGAAGGCUCAAGCUGAGGCGGCCGCUCUCAAGGGGGCUUUGGAGGAACACGCUGUGAUGCUUGGAGAUAAAAACUGUAACCUGCAGGAGGCUUCUGCGAGGUUGAAGGUGCGUUCUGGGCGAAUGGGCAGUAACUCGUCUCUUUGUGUUAGCAGCCGCCCUGACGUCCAGGACACCUGGGACCUGCUGAAGCCCGCCCCCUCCCUGGUCUCAUCUGCAGGUGCCAGCGCUGAGAGGUUGGCUGAAGAUUUAAAACCCAAAAAGUCCUCCGAGUCGACCAGUGAAGCCCCGGCACCAAAGGUUAAAGCAGAGGAGGUUGACCUGCAAAGCGCCGCCCCACUUUCUGACAACCUUAUUGACUUCACUGAUCCAACUCCUGUGCUCCCACCGGUGCAGCCGACCAAACCUCUCAUCACACCGCGCUGGAUCAUCCCCACGACCGCUCCUCCCGGCGCCUUUACUAACGGCCUGCUCGACCUUGACCCCCCAUCUAAGGUCAACCCUCUUCUCCCUUCAGAUGGGGGAGCAUCCCUCACCUCAGCCCUCCCUCACCUCACUCACACACGUAACGCCGUCUCCACCAGCACUGUGGGUCAGCCGCCAGCCUCAGAGGAUGGAGCCAAACCCAGAGGUCUCUUGACCACUGAGCUCUGAUGAAGAAACGAGCGGCCGCCAUCACGCUCUUCAUCUUCCCGCCUGGUUUCCCGCUUCACCCCCUCACCCACCUACACGCGGGCCGGCUGAGUCUGAAAACGCAAAAGAGGCAGCUUGUAAACCACCGCGACCACAACCGUAGCUACACAGAUCAGCAAUAUGAAGUACUUUUUUUUUUUUUUUUUAAUGAUCUCAUGGCGUCGAGCUUAGUCUUUGUAAAAUGGUGUAUACAAACAUUUUAGCCUCAGUAUUAAGAAAACCUUGUUUUUAGUCUCCUGUUUGUGCACCACGUUAGUAACCUGCCGUUACCGAGUCCAUCCAGUCACCCAAAGCGCUCUCAGCAGCAUCACUGCCUGCUUUGAGACUCUGGUGGACGGUCUGGCCCUGGCUCUGGGUUUAAGCACCUGCAGUGCAAACCGCUGGACCUCUGCUACUCUGAGCUUCCCUCUGUGUGAAGCUGCUGAGCCACACUGGAUGAUGGACGGACGAGAUAUAAGCUUAAAGUGUUUAAACCCACUAACACUACAUGAUGUAGCCACUGGAUCUGGAAACGUCACUGGAUUACCUUCAAACACUGGACCUUAAGAUGAUUUUUAUUUUUCCCACAUUAGAUGAUGUGAUGAUGAUGAUUUUAGUUUUUCAGCUGAUUUUUUUUUUUUUUUAUGAUCCUGUUCCUGCUCGUUGUAGCUUUUGAUGAUUUUAAAUGGCCCCACCACCAUCAUGAGGACUUCCUGUUUUGAUUCCGAUCACAUCUUAUAAUUUAAAUUUUAAUCCACACUUGUACCCCACUCUCAUUCCUGUUUACUCAUUAAACUUUGAGCUCCUGUGAUCGCUGGACUGCGUGGUGGGAGAUAUGUCCGGGUAUCUGAAUGGAUUCGACUCUCCAACAUGUCGUAGCUGUUACUUUGCCUUAUGUACAUGAAUGUGCUCCACGUGUCUGAUGGGAAGAUGCUGGAGAUGCCACCCGUAUGUCACCUUUGCUGAAAUCGUUUAACCUGUGAAAUAUCCUGAAAGCUGAUUUUGUAUGAGAGCAAGGUGAGGCCUCCGUCUGCACCGUGGGAGUUAUUAAAUAUCUUACUUUGACUCUUGAAUGAUAGAGUUGUAGUAUCUCACUGUUACUGUAAUCACAAGUCUGGCCACCCACUCAGGUUGUGGCUCUGUAGUACUUCUCAUUAUGUCUUCAACAAGGGAAGCCGGCUGUUUUUUCGAUGUCGUCUUAGCAGCGUUUAUGCCACAGCUCAGUGUAAUUGUUCAAAUAUUACAUGUUGUAGCAUACAGGUUUAAUGUUUCACUGUAACUGCUUCAGCUGCUGUUGAUAUGAAGUAGACAUAUUUUUUAAGACUACCUUGGCUGUAUAGUUACUACUCUGAGGAGACUUGAGUUGUUUUCUAAUUACAGAGGAAGUAGGGAAGUAUUACAGAUCUGACUGACUGGAAAAAAGCAGGCUGUGAAGUCUCAUUUUUAUAUAUAAACUUAUUUUUCUGGAACACCUGAUCAUGAUUCAGUAAAGUUUUGCCACAGUAGGA